GUCACUCGCCGAUAGAUAACUGCGGCUUGUUUAUCUGACAUCAAGAAUAUAAAUCACAAGUAACCAGCUACAAAUACAGGCUAUGCAGCCAUUCACUAGAGCAAUCGAGGCCGCAGUAUAGCUUCUUUUCUCGUUCAGCAAAACCAGCUUGUGGCUUUAAACAACUUCAUAACAAGCGACCGAGGUAAUAGUUUUUCUCCAUUGUUCUUACUUUUAUAACUGCACCAAAAAUCCAAAUUCACAGUAAUUUCGACGGCUGUCACUUAAAAAUUCUUUUCGUUCACAUUAUCUGCCAGGUUUUUUAGCUGUUCUGCUGUGUAAAAUCCUAGAAUCCCGAUGAGUUUUUAAAAAACUUAUGUUCAUCGCUAAAACAAUUACUCCACUCACGCUUGUUGAUAUGAGAUGAUUAUAGCCAACUCGGCGCUAAACGCCUUGUUGGCUAUCUAUCAUCUCAUAUCCAACGCGCCCUCAUGGAAUAAUUGUUAAAUACACAGCACAAAACACAAUAAGCUAUACAGGUUAAUAAAGGUCUGUUUAGACAUAACAGUUAAUGAUUACCCAUUUCUGACCUUAAAAAGUGACCCUUCAUGGGAUUAUUAUACCAAAUCCUGCAAGCAUGCACACUUUUCUUUGACCUCCUACUCUAAUAUUAUUGUUUGUUUUGUGCAUACUAUUCUUCUAGCUGAAAAACGUUUUAGUGGUGGUGAACGAAAUGGGCUCGACAGCCCCAAGGCCUCUGUGACACACAUUGUAACACCCUCUGCACAAAAUAGCCAGCUACAGCGUGCAAGAGAUCUGGACAGCAGACAGUCACGUACAGCGUCAACAGCAACUAAGGAGCUGGAUGACCUGAUGGCAUCCCUGUCAGAUUUUAAAGUUAAUGUGUCUGCUGCUCCCACACCAACUCAAGCAAGGUUAAGUGGAGAUUAUGCCAAGCCCAGUAAGGCUAAACCACCCUCUCCAAGUAAGUUAUAAAAUAGUGUUCCUUGAGAUCAGGGCUGUCAGCCAGAACUGCCGGCUAGUUAGCCAUCCUUUGCCAGCUACUUUCAUCUCCUUCGAACCACAGGUAGCCCAAGCUCACUAUGAGAGCCCUGAACAACAUUAUCCUACUUAGCUAAUUAAUUAUUCAUACAGCAAGAAAAUUAUAAGACGUUGUAUGGAGAAAUAUUCUUUGCUCACUAAAUUAGCAAAAUGUACAUUGAAUAUCGCUUUGAAGCUUACCUUUAGCAUCUUCUUGUUUUUCUUUGUAUUCUGACUGCAUUUCAGACCUCCUAGGCACUCUUUAAGGCCUUUUUUGGAGCGACAGUUUUUCACCCAGAUGACAGUAGAGAGAAGAGAAGAGAAGGUUGGCAAACCUCCUCUUGACCGGCUCCGCUCUCGGUGGCGAUAAAUUCCGUGACAUUUGCGACAUGGAGACAAUUCCGCCAGAAGCAGAUGUCCUGAUAAAUAACGCACAUUUUCCAUCAUUCACAUCACCAAAAUUCCCAUUUCGAAGGUCCUAAAUCGCCAACAAAGUGAGCAGUACCCGGCUGAGGUGUAAUGUGAGAAGUGCAAUGUGAGAAGUGAAAAAUCCAUGAUCAGUUACUGUGCCCAGUAGGCUAAAUGCUCCAAUAUUGUCCUUUGACGGUUGAACAAUUUGACCCUGCCAGCCCGCGUCAGUUUGAAAUUGUCGACUUGACGGUUGGACUCCGUUGCGGGUCUGCUCUCGACUCGCCUAACCUCAGCCGUGUAUUGCUCACUUCGUUGCCGAUUUAGGACCUUCGAAAUGGGAAUUUUGGCGAUGUGAAUGAUGGGAAAUGUGCGUUAUUUAUCAGGACAUCUGCUUCUGGCGGAAUUGUCUCCAUGUCGCAAAUGUCACGGAAUUUAUCGCCACCGAGAGUGGAGCCGGUCAAGAGAGGUUUGCCAACCUUCUCUUCUCUUCUCUCUACUGUCAUCUGGCUGAAAAACUAUCGCUCCAAAAAAGGCCUUAAAGAGUGCCUAGGUCUGAAAUGCAGUCAGAAUACAAAGAAAAACAAGAAGAUGCUAAAGGUAAGCUUCAAAGCGAUAUUCAAUGUACAUUUUGCUAAUUUAGUGAGCAAAGAAUAUUUCUCCAUACAACGUCUUAUAAUUUUCUUGCUGUAUGAAUAAUUAAUUAGCUAAGUAGGAUAAUGUUGUUCAGGGCUCUCAUAGUGAGCUUGGGCUACCUGUGCUUCGAACCACCGUGUGAUGUCGUGGAAUGCCUGCAACAUUUUAAUGGCAUUGUUCCCAGUGUUGGGAGUAUUCUGAUGAAACAAGCAUCCACGGUUACCUCUUGAAAACCCCUGGAAAUGCCAUUUCUGAGACUCUAAAUUUCAAAAUGUCCCUAGAUGCCUUGGCCUUCAAGAACUUGUGCCUUUGGCGUGAGUUCCAAAGCCACCCCCGAAACCCAUCAAGAUUUUGAAAAUGGCCCUCUAGCAAAAUAGCCCCCCCUCCCCCACCCCAUCACAGGUAAUAAACAACCAGCCCCUAAAUCAAUCAAUUCUUCAUGACCUCAUAGUCAGGCUUUCAUUAUACAGUAGAACCUCAAUUCAGGCGACACCAUGGCUGCCAUGAAGAGGCGGGGGCUGGGGAUUUCCCCUGGCUAUUAUGAAUUUGGCCCCCGGCUACAUUCAUAGGAAAAUAGAAGAAAAAUAGAACCAAGAGAAAUCCCUAGCUGCAACGUGAAAUCAUAGUGACAUCCCUGGGACACCCUUGAGACCAAGGUAAAUGUCCCUGAAAAGAGAGGUGUCCCUUGAAUGGAGUCUGGGCUGGGGUUUGGUAAUAAUUAACCAACAAAUAAAAUUUUUUUUUGUUCUUCCUUGGAAUCUGCUUCAGUUAUUAUUUCAAGCCGCUAGAGAAUGUAUUAAAAAUUUGUCAUUGUUAGUGAUAUUGUGUGUUAAAUUCCCACAAGUAUUGGUACACCAAUAUAUUAACGAGUUAGCAGUGAUUUGUGGUGUGAAAUUGGUCAUUUUUCUUACUACUGUUUACGUAAACUUAUCCAACCUCGUUCCCAGAGUUCUCUCCUACCCGCCCUACGGAGCGAGAGAGAGAGAGACCCUGGAAAAUGCUGGUCACAUGGCUCCAGAAUGAAAUUAAUUCUGAGGGAGGAGUCCUUUGUCUCAUAUUUUUUUGUCUGGUUUAUUCGCAACGUUCAUGCAGUGAUCGCAACAGCAGGAUAGAUUUGCUAACCCUACUAGAACUGUAACUGAAACUAAGUGAAACUUCUGCCUAAACGGAACUAUCAGACAGAUAAACAAGUGAAUUACCGGAGAAGGGAUCAAAAACUAGUGUUGUCGCUGGGUUAACCGAUGACACCAAUCGCUAAAAAUCUACGAGCUUGAGUUAUACACAAGCGAGUUAAUUUUUUGAAGGUAAAAUCCCUGUAUCUUGCACUUCUAUAUUAAAAGUUUCAAUGUUUGUCUGACAGCGGCUGGUAAUCGGGCCAAAUAAACGUACACCAUUUGCGGUCUUAGCGGUUCGGCGUGACAAACCCCCGGCACAAAACAUGGCAGUUAAAUUGAGAGCAAGGAGUUCAGUUAAUACAUUUACGAUCAAAGUAAUAUUUUAGAUCUAGUGACUUCACGGAAAGCUAUAGCCUAAAAUGUCAGCAUUUUCCACCCCCUAACCUUUGUUAUGAUGCGGCAAUAGAAAAGUGGUAAAUAGAUCAAAGAUAAAAAUAAUUAUAUACCAAUGCAACGUGGAAGACAACAGGAAGUAGUAUAAACAGAGACAAAACAGACAACAUAACCUGCAUAAUAGUAAUCUUAAAAACACAUACAGAUACUGUACAUUUGUUUUCUAAAGUGGCCUACUCAACAUAGCUACGGCAAUUCAAAUGUAGUGCGUUUCGGUAUGAAUACUACUACCAAGUAGACCAGGAUACCUAAAUGAUUUUUGACUGCACAAACGGUGAAUCCUCCUCGAUUUCCAUUGCAUGUGCCAAAUGAAAGCAUCACUGAUAAACAUCCCAUCAACAUCCAGAUAUUCUGCAGGAAGUUACGCUUUUGCUGUCAAAGGAUUUUGUGCAUUAUUGUCGGCGUUCAAGAUCAGUUCAGGUACACAGCUUCACGGCUGCACUGACCUGUCUACGCUCUGUAGAGACAAAUCUCACAGUUACCUGCCCCUCCCCCAAAUCGUUUGUUUGUAAUCUCCCAGAUUUUGGGAGACACGUGACCAGGGUUUUCCAGGGUCUCUCUCUCUCGCUCCGGAGGUCGGGUAGGAGAGAACCCUCGGAACGGGGUUGAAACUUGUCAACCGUUUUUGUGGUCGGUCAUGUUUUGAGUGCGAGUGUCGUCUGAAUGGAGUGUAAACCUGUGGGUUUCAGGAGCCAGAAAAGUGUCAUUUUUCUCCUGAGGCACCCCUUCCACGGAGGAACAGAUAUAAAGAUUAUGUGAACAUUUUUCCAGGACCAAAUAAUGUGUCCCCUGAAUGGAGGUGUCCCUUGAAAUAGAUUUGUCCCAAAGGAUAUGUUGUACUCUAUUUACUUUAUCAUUAGAUGGACAGAAAUGUCAGAUGUAUUUUCAGUGGAUGGUAAUGUAAAUAUUCUUAAGCCAGUCAUGUAGAACCCUAGAAAGGGGUUUUUCACCACUUUUGCUCUGACUGCUUCUUCAAUCUUUGACAAAUUUAGUGAAUUAAAAAAGACGUUGCUUAUUUUAAUGAUCCUUAAAAGAUGAAUUAUUUUUGCUGUCUCAUUAAUUCAUGUUGUUUGUAUUGAACAUUUGUUUAUUUUAAAACCUUUUAGGUGUUGGCAAAGUAAGCCAGCUAGACUCCAUGUUAGGAACACUUCAGUCUGAUAUGACGAGACAGGGAGUCAGCACAACAAAGAAGGGGGAAUGUGCGGCCUGCAACAAACCAAUCAUAGGCCAAGUUUGUACGGCACUGGGUCGUACUUGGCAUCCUGAGCAUUUCACGUGUGUUACUUGUGAAGUACCUUUAGGUGCUGCUAACUUUUUUGAGCGGGACGGAAGGCCUUUUUGUGAAAGAGAUUACCAUGAACAAUUUGCUCCAAGAUGUGCUUACUGUAGUGGUCCUAUCCUAGAUGUAAGUUUUUUAUUUUUCUUGUUUCUUGUUUGAAGGCAUGUGCAUAUAGAAUACAAACUUUUAAGUCUGUCUACAAAAUCGUGUGGUGUGACCAUUCAAAUGAAAUCCUGGCCCUUCAGAGGUUCAUCCUUGUGGAUAUAUUACAGGGCAAAUUUGAUUUCAGGUUAAAAAUUGUCCUUCCUAGGUUGACUCUCAAUAUUUGGUUUGUCUACUAGAGCUAGGUGUCAAAGGAAAUUGUGAAUCAAUCUAGGUUCAAUCAAAAUUAACCUGCAGUUUAAUUUGAGCAGCAACAGAUGCAUGAGAUUUUAGAACUUUGUCUUACAAAAGAGUUAAAAUUAUGAGUUAUCAGUGCAAACAUUUAACUUAUCCUUCUUUUACAGUCCUGUGUGACAGCACUUGACCAGACUUGGCAUCCAGAACACUUUGUAUGUGCCAGCUGUGGCCGGCCAUUUGGUGACUCUGGUUUUCAUGAGAGAGAUGGCAAGCCUUUCUGCCGAGAAGAUUACUAUGCUAUGUUUGCACCUCGCUGCGGAGGCUGUGGUCAGCCUAUAAUGGAUAACUACAUCUCUGCUCUUAGUGCACACUGGCACUCAGAAUGCUUUGUGUGCGCGGUGAGUUAUUAUGAUACUUGCAGCUUUGCACUUUACCAGCAAUUUUUACGUCACCUCAUCAGUGUUGAAGGGACUAUUUCAGGCUGGCUAUUUGCAGCUAUCAUUGCAAGAAGCCAAAAUGUGAUUUGCAUCCAUUGAACUCCAAAAAUAAUGGGCCCAUUUUGUUGUUAAAGACUAUAUGUACAUUUGGACACUGGCGCUGUUUCCUCUCAUAUUUUGCAACAGAUGGCAAGAAUUCAAAAUCAAUUUGUUUUAAGAAUCACCAGAAAAUUAUGAUGGUUAGUGAUCCCUCGUUAAAAUUGUUUGAUAUCUCCGUCAUAACUCAGCUACAGGAGCAUUUUGUGUGUGGGUAAAGGCAUUUAUGCAACAUUAUUUAAGUACAUGUUUUCACUUACGGCGAUUAGAAACUACACCAUCUCAUUUAUAUCAUCGUCAAUAUGCAACCUUUCGAUUUUCCAGUCUUAAAGUCAUAGUUUGACUCCUGUUGGGAAAUCGCGGGGGUAUUUUUUUCCCAAGGUGUUUGUGGCGAUGGCUAAAAUGAAAACAAGCAUUCUCCACGUAUGUAUGUCUUCUUUAGUGCAGAAAGUAAAACUGGAGACCUCACCGCAUUAUGACGCAGAAAAUUCAGCUGGAAAAUUAUUCGAAGUUAAUCUUUGGUCUUCUCCUCGUUGCAGGAAUGUCAUCAAGCUUUUCCUGGAGGAAGUUUCUUUGAGCAUGAUGGUCGGCCGUACUGUGAGAUGCACUACCAUUCUCGACGUGGCACUCUGUGUUACAGCUGUCAAAAACCCAUCACUGGCCGAUGCAUUACAGCCAUGCAUCGUAAAUUUCACCCUGAGCACUUUGUGUGCGCAUUCUGCCUUAAGCAACUUAACAAAGGCACCUUCAAAGAACAGAAUGAUAAACCUUAUUGCCAUCCAUGCUUCAUAAAACUCUUUGGGUAGAAAGAGGAGUCAACCGUGGUCAUCAAGCUGCUGCAGCUACUUUCUAUUUUAUUUUGUUUUUGUUUCAUUUCUGUGUGAACAGCUGUUUGUUUUCAUUCGAGAAUUUUGAAGAAAACAAUCAAAUCAUAGACUCGAGGACAUUUUUUCAAGGGAUGCAAAUAAUUUUAGUAUUUUCACUGUCAUAGUAGCAUGAGUCACUAUUAUGAUAACCUAAUGUCGAAGUGGGGACAGUGAUUUCACGGUGAAAACGUGAAGUUUAGAAUAAUUACACAAACUUUCCUUGCUAUUCCUUCCUGCUGCGGUUAUGCUACUAAUUUGUUACAGUGCCUCCAAAAACAUACACAGAUUUACAGGUCCAUAUUUUCUGGAUGGUGGUUAGUUAUGACUUCUGGGUUGCUGUUGUUAAGAGCCAUUCCCUAGACAUAACACCGCUUUCACGGCUGGCAAUUUUUGGUUGAUCCAUCCGGCCAAAUUGUCUAGGCACCCAAAGCAAUGUGAUGACAAUUAAUAAAAGAGGUUAUCUAUGAAGUUAAAUUGCAUGUAACUGCAAACAAAAUCAGAUGUUGUCACAAGACACCGUUAAUGAGGUACAAUCUGUAUCAAAAAAGUACGUGAAAAUUAUUAUUACAAAGAACUGUUCAAGUUUUUAAGAGAGAUUCAAAGACAUUUUUAUGAAAACAAAUUUAAGCUAAGUUUCUUGGGUUCUCAUGACAUGCCAACAUUGACCUGUACCGGUUUUCAGUAGCCAGUGUUUGGCCGUCUGAGCUGCUAGAGAAGCAACCUGCUAGCAGAGCUUUCUUUAAUUUCACUUGCUCGGUUUCAGCGCAGUCGAUCGAGAAUAAGAUAAAAGGAGGCUCUGUUUCGUGGGGUCCUAUUGAUGAUAAUUUACGAAGAUUUUCUAAAAUAAUGCAUGUAAUUAUGAUAAUUUCAGGCCGACUGAAAAUGGAGGCGGUGUGCAGUGCAAGAACCCAAAUAAUUUCAUUGCAGUACAUGUUGCUUACAUGUAGUGUCAAUUCUUUCAGAAGCAUAUGACUGCGAUUAUGACUGUAAUUUCCCUUUGUUGCGCUUCGUUUACAUUGCGAUACAAGAUUUUCCUAAGCGCUCACGCGACAGUCUCGCGUAUCAGUAAUUCCUCAUUAGGAAGUAAAUUGUGAUUGGUUCUCCAACGGAGUCAUACGCUUCAGGGUUAU